GCCUCCAGCCUCCUCCUAGAGCCCAGUGCACCUCCACCUGGAAGUGGGGAGACAGGACGUAUGGAAGAUUAUACUCCAAAGCAUAUCAUCCAGAUGACAGGAUUUAAGAUGGAAGAGAAGGAAGCUUUGGGCAAAUUGCUUUUAAAACUAGAUUGCACUUUUAUUAAGAGUGAGAAAUACAAAAAUUGUACACAUCUUAUAGCUGAGCGUGUAUGUAAGAGUGAAAAAUUUUUAGCAGCUUGUGCAGCAGGAAAGUGGGUACUAACUAAGGACUACAUAAUUCAUAGUGCCAAAUGUGGCAGAUGGCUUGAUGAAACAACUUACGAAUGGGGAUAUAAAAUUGAAAAAGAUUCCCAUUAUUCACCUCAAAUGCAAUCUGCACCUAAAAGAUGGCGUGAAGAAUUGAAACGCACUGGUGCUCCAGGAGCCUUCCACAGAUGGAAUGUUGUCCUCCUAGUUAGAGCUGAUAAACGAAGUGAUUCACUUGUAAGAGUCCUGGAGGCUGGAAAGGCAAAUGUUCUUUUAUCAAAGAGUUUACAAAGUGGGAUAACUCAUGUGAUUGCCAGUAAUGCAAGAAUCAAGGCUGAGAAAGAAAAAGAUAACUUUCAAGCUCCAUUUUAUCCAAUUCAGUACCUAGGAGAUUUUCUCUUAGAAAAAGAAAUAUUAACCCAUAGUGAAGACGUUAAUAUUAGUUCUGUUUUUACUGAACAUCACAAACAAGGAAAAUUGAGAGACUCCAGUCAAGAUUCAAAAUUUGUCAAGAUGAAAGACACCAUAAGAAGACACACACAUGGACAUGAGAAGGAAGUUAAAAACAAGGAUAAAGAUAUUCAAAGAAGUUAUACUUCAAAAAGAGUCCGCAAAAAACAUAAGGAUUCCAGGAGAGAAUUUGACCGUGACAAAAUUAAAAGUACCUUAAGAAAAUUCCUAUAUAGAGAUCAGAAAGAAGUUAAGAAUUCUCUUUUUACUGAAUGUACUAAAAAAGCUAAACCUGAAGUUAUGAAGAGUGAUGUGGAAAUUGUGGAAAUUAAAAAUACCUUAAAGAAACACAUAUUCAGAGCUCAGGCUGUCAGAUACAACUGCAUUCGAAUAGAUAAACAAUCAGCAUGCAAUAUAGAGGUUAAAAAUGUGGAAUUUCCCAGAGGUGUGUUUAAUUUAAUUGAAAGCCUUAUAGAAGGACAGUUUUUUAAAGAAGCAAUUGAGGAACUUUCCUCUUUACAAGCACAUUAUAUACCUCCUGUGUGCCUUCUUCAUGGUCUUCUAGAGAAUAUGCUCCAGGGUAACAUGGAUACCUUUUCUGGUCGAUACUUUCAUAUAUUAUCAGCUCUUCUUCGCCUGCAUCCUCCUUGGAAGUCCCCAGCCAUGUCCAGAUAUUAUUUAGAGUUGUUUCAGUGUCCAACUUGCAUGAAAGGAGCAUGGUGUCUAGUAGAAGUGCUUAUAAGGUCUUGCCUUUUCAAUGAAAAUUUUUGUCACCGAAUUUCAGGAAAUAGUAUUGGCUCUAAAGUGCUCCAUCUGACACUGCUUAAAUUUUUCCUUAAUUUAGUUGAAAGUGAAGUAAGACAUCUGAGUCAAAAGUUGUAUGACUGGUCAGAAUCUCAGAGUCUGAAGAUUACAGGAAAGGCAGUUACUCUUGAAGUCUUCUGGUCAGGAAGUGAGACCUCUGCACUUUUGACAAAACCAGUAAAUAAGCUUCUGGAAUGGACUAUACAUUCUCACAAGGAAAAGUAUAAAUCAAAUGAUGUCUUCAUACAUGAGAUAGCUUACAUAUUGACAGGAAUUCUUGGAGCAGCAAUAGAUUAUUGGAUUUUUCUAGGUCUUAAGAUGGGUAGAAACGUUAUGCGACACAUGUCUGAUGACUUCGGAAGCUAUGUCUCCCUUUCAUGUGAUGACUUUUCUUCACAGGAAUUAGAAAUUUUUAUUUGUUCCUUUUCCUCCUCCUGGCUUCAAAUGUUUGUUGCAGAAGCAGUCUUUAAAAAACUGUGUUUACAAAGUUCCAUCAGUAUUUCUUCUGAGCCGCUCUCACUUCAGAAAAUGGUAAAUUCCUAUCUGCCAGCACUGGGGAAAACUGCUUUGCGUGGGGUUGGAAAGAUGCAGAUACCAAAGAAAACAGGGCAGCGACCUUGCCUUGAAUCCCAGAGAGCCUUACUAAUGCUUAAUGGUACUAAACAGAAACAUGUGGAAGGACUACAAGAGUAAGUAGUGCUAGAGCUGAACCUUACUAAAUGUUCCUCAUCAUGUAAAAGAUUGAAUAAGAAGUCAGAAGGAGAACUGUCAUAUUCCAAGGAGAAUUGCCUCUCUUUAAUUACAAAGCUAAAUGUUCACAAAACUAAUCUAAAAGGAGAAACAGCACUGCAUAAAGCUUGCAUAAAUAACCAAGUGGAAAAAUUGAUUCUUCUUCUUUCUUUACCAGGAAUAGACAUCAAUGUUAAAGACAAUGCUGGCUGGACGCCUUUGCAUGAAGCCUGUAACUAUGGCAACACAGUGUGUGUCCAGGAAAUUUUGCAGCGUUGUCCAGAGGUAGAUCUGCUCACUCAAGUGGACGGGGUGACUCCUUUGCAUGAUGCACUGUCAAACGGACAUGUAGAAAUUGGCAAGCUGCUACUCCAGCAUGGGGGACCAGUACUUUUACAGCAGAGAAACUCUAAUGGAGAAUUGCCCUUGGAUUUCAUAGUCUCACCUCAAAUCAAGGAAGAACUAUUUGCUGUUACAAAAAUAGAAGACACUGUAGAAAACUUUCAUGCACAAGCAGAAAAACAUUUUUACUACCAACAACUUGAGUUUGGCUCAUUUUUACUUAGUAGGAUGAUCCUUAAUUUUUGUUCCAUUUUUAAUUUAUCUUCAGAGUUCUUCUUAGCUUUCAAAGGGUUAACUCAUCUCAGUGAACUGCUUAUAGCUUGUAAGAGUUUUAAAGAGUCUACCAGUGCUCAUACUGAUUGGUUACUGGAUCUUUAUGCUAGAAAUACAAAAAUCUUUCAGAAGCUUCCAAAUAUUCUUAAGGAAUUGCCUGAGAAUUUGAGAAUAUGUCCUGGAGUACACACUGAGGCCUUAUUGAUAACAUUGGAAAUGUUGUGUAGGUCAGUCACCGAGUUUCAUGAAGAAGCCCAGAAAAAAGAAAACAACAGAUCUUUCUAA